AUGUCGGUUUUACUAAGACCUCGGUUCAUUGCCAGCAGAUUUUUGGCACCUAGGGGGGCAUUUAUGCCAUUGGGACGGUCCUUACAAAGACGUUUAUUCCUCCACACCGGCUCCAGGCUACUCAACAAAAGCACUAAUGAGCAUGAAAGGAAGGAUGAUGCAACAAGUGAAGAUCUCAGCAGAAUUCAAAAGGAGGUAGAGAGGUAUAUAAAUGAGGCUAAGAAUGACAAAACUGGUAACUGGGAAGAUCGUAAGAAGAGGAUAGAUGAAGGCAUAAGAAGACUAGAAGAAACAAUGAAAAAGCAGCAAAUGAGACAGAAAGCAUCAGAGAAUAGUCCAAAUGAGGAUCCACAGAAAGACAAGGAUCCUUUUGAGAACGAGAAAAAACAAGCAGAGGAGCAGAACAAAAGGAUGAACGAAAGAAAAAAAGCCGAAGAGGAAAAGCUGUCAAAACUAUUAAAUGAUCCUAAUGCUAGAGUUUUCGCUGUCAACGUCGGCCUGUUUGAAAUUGGUAUGUUCUUAUUAUUGAUGUCAUAUCUGUUAAACCGCUUGUACAACACAGAGGAACAAAGAGAAUUGACAUGGCAGGAUUUCCGUUCCAAGCUUUUAGCCAAAGGAUACGUGUCGAAGUUGAUCGUCAUCAACAAAUCAUUCGUGAAGGUCAUUCUUAAUGACAACGGUAAAAACCAGCCGGAGCAUAAUGGUCAUGACUUUUACUUUUUCACUAUUGGUUCUGUUGAUACCUUCGAACAUAAGUUACAAAAGGCUCAGGACGAACUAGGAAUUGCAGAUGACUUUAGAAUUCCAGUCGUUUACACACAAGAGGGAAACUGGGCUAGGGCUAUGUAUCAAAUACUUCCCACAGCUUUAAUGAUUGCAGGUCUCGUGUGGAUUACUAAGCGAUCUGCAAGCAGUGUAGGUGGAGGUGGUCCAGGCGGAAUAUUCAACGUGGGAAAAUCGAAAGCCAAGAGAUUCAAUAAGGAUGUGGAUGUGAAGGUUAGCUUUAAAGACGUAGCUGGUUGUGAUGAGGCAAAAGAAGAAAUUAUGGAAUUCGUUUCGUUUUUGAAAGAGCCCAGCCGUUAUGAAAAGAUGGGUGCUCAAAUUCCUCGUGGUGCUAUUCUCUCAGGUCCCCCAGGUACUGGUAAGACGCUUUUAGCGAAAGCUACUGCAGGGGAAGCAGGUGUACCAUUCUUUUCUGUGUCAGGCUCUGAGUUUGUGGAGAUGUUCGUAGGUGUUGGUGCUUCAAGAGUUCGCGAUCUGUUCAAAACAGCUAGGGAGAACGCGCCUGCCAUCAUUUUCGUGGAUGAAAUUGAUGCAAUUGGAAAGGCAAGACAGAAGGGAAACUUCUCAGGAGCAAAUGAUGAGCGUGAAAAUACUUUAAAUCAGUUGCUGGUCGAGAUGGAUGGUUUCACACCUUCAGACCAUGUCGUGGUACUUGCUGGUACGAAUCGUCCCGAUGUCUUAGACCAAGCUUUAAUGAGACCUGGCAGAUUUGACAGACAUAUUAACUUGGACAAGCCUGAAUUAUUGGGUCGUAAAGAAAUCUUCGAGGUCCAUUUGAAGAAGAUUAAAUUGGCAGGGGAACUUGAAGACUUGAAAAAUAGGCUUGCAGUUCUGACUCCAGGUUUUUCCGGUGCGGAUAUUUCAAAUGUUUGUAAUGAAGCUGCUUUAAUUGCAGCGAGAAACAACUGCCAUUCAGUAAGAUUAGAACACUUUGAACAGGCUAUCGAACGUGUUAUCGGCGGUGUUGAAAGAAAAUCGAAGCUCUUGUCACCUGAAGAAAAGAAAAUUGUUGCAUACCACGAAGCCGGUCAUGCAAUUUGCGGCUGGUAUUUGGAAUUUGCUGAUCCUCUGUUGAAAGUGAGCAUAAUUCCGCGUGGACAGGGAGCUCUGGGCUAUGCUCAGUAUUUACCUGGUGACAUCUACUUGCUCAGUGAACAACAGCUAAAGGACAGGAUGACAAUGGCCUUGGGUGGCAGAGUUUCUGAAGAACUUCAUUUUUCUUCCGUAACCAGUGGUGCGUCAGAUGAUUUCAAGAAGGUCACUCGUAUGGCGUCUGCUAUGGUAACAGAGCUGGGGAUGAGCGCGAAGAUAGGGUGGCUCAAUUACCAGCGUAGUAGCGAGAACGAUCUCACAAAACCUUUUUCUGACGAAACUGCCGCAAUUGUUGAUUCGGAAGUUUAUAGAAUUGUUCAGGAAUGUCACGAUAGGUGUAUGAACCUAUUGAAAGAAAAGGCAGAUGAUCUUGAAAAGAUUGCUCAACUGCUACUUAAGCAGGAGGUUUUAACAAGAGAAGAUAUGAUACGUUUACUCGGAAAACGUCCCUUCCCUGAACGCAAUGAUGCUUUCGACAAGUAUUUAAAUGAAAGUGAAACAAGAAAGUUGAAAGAUGAAGAGAAGCGUAAUGAAGAAUGCGAUGAGGAAAACAAUAAGAGCGACGGGUAA